UCAAUUACCAAUCCUGUGAAGUAUAGUCAAUGUUCGUCUCGAGCCAAUAUUAAAUAUUCCUUUCAACCAACCAUCUUAUUACAGACUACUUCACGGAUAAAAUGUGCGUCCAAGGCUGUGUCAUUAUAUGUUAGUAGUGAUGUGGAACUGCAGUAGUACAAAUAUGACGGAAAGGAAUUUGUUUAUUAACGUAUUAUUUCUAGUUAUUGCAAUAAUAUUUAAUGCAAUACCACAGUGUUCCUCAGUUUUAUCAGACAAACGACUGUGUUAUGAUCCUGACUGUUCCGAGCCUGUUUCAUUAGCUAGAACGACUAUUAGAUAUACCCCAAACGAGGCGGGAUUAUUGUCGUGUAACAUUAAUGAAAAAGUCAUAGUUUAUAGUAAAGAAGCAGGGAAGAGAAAUGACUUGUGGGGUGUAGAGAUAAAUGGCAGACAUGGAUAUAUACCAAAAACAUUUUUAAAGGAAUAUAAAAUUCUACAUAAAAAUUUAGAACAUGAAGUAUCGAUUGAUCCACUAUUUAGUAAUGUUUCAUCUAAUGAGAAACUUCAAUCAAAGAAAAAUAAAAAUAAAUCAGUGUUUGACAAGAAAGAUAUUAAAACUUCAAGUGAACAAAUUGAUAAUUUGGAAUUAAAGUCCUUGGAAGAACUGCCACAAAGUGCAAAUGGUAUAAAUCCAUCUUAUGAGAUUAUAGAUGGAACUACAGUUCACUUAGAUAUCAAUAAGCCUUCUGAACCAACUUUUAUAAAAGAAGUUAUUCAAACAACAGCAGUGCCAAAUGAACAAGAUGCAGAUGAUGAAAUGUUAAAUAAUAAUCUAGAGAGCAAGGAGCACGCCAUUUCUGCUGAAGUUGAUUUUAAAGACUUUGUGACAAGUUCGGAAAAAAUAUUAGAUUUACCAGAAAUAUCUGGUGUACAGAGUUCACCAUUGAAUAUAAGUAUAACCUCUGAUAAAGUAGAAUAUACAAUAGAGAAUGUAGAAAAUAAGUCAGUCACGAAUGUGGAGGGUGAUCAAUUUUUAAAUAAAGUUAUUGAUAUCAAUAGUCCACAAACAUCUACAUCUGAUGGUCUUAAAGAAACAUUAACUAUUGAAGAAGAAGAAGCAGUUGAAUUAAAUAAAGAAGGUAAUGUCAGUCUCAGUGAAGCAGAUGUAAAUAAUAACACUACACCAGAUGUACAAAAUGUAAGAACUAUUGAUCAAAUUGAGGAAGUAGAUAUUCAACCUUUACAAAAUGUUAUGAUAGAUACAACCAAUAAAACUCAAUUAGAUAUACAAAAUGCAGAAAGUUUUGAUCAAAUACAGACAAAAGAUAUCCAAUCUUCACAGAAUAUUACAAUAGUCACAACUAGUGAUGCUAGAUUAGAUGCACAAAAUGCAGAAAAUUCUGAUAAAGUUGAAACAGAAAAUAUCCAUACUUCAAGUGUUGAGAUGAUUGUGGUUAAUGAGACUGAAUCGAGUAUACAAAAUACAGAAAAUUCUGGUAAAGUUGAAAAAGAAGAUGUCAACUCCUCAGCAAACAUUGAAUUAUUUUCACUUAGUAACAUUAAAUCAGAUAUACAAAAUGCAGAAAAUUCUGAUCAAAUUGAAACUAAAGAUAUGCAGGCUUCACAAAAUGUUACAAUAGUUACAACUAGUGACACUAAAUCAGAUGUACAAAGUGAAGAAAAUUCUGAUAAAGUUGAUAUAAAAAAUAUCCCAUUAUUAGAAAACAUCAUACCUCGUAUAAAAGAUACCCGAUAUUUAGGUAGUGUUAUGCAAAUACAAACAGAGCCAGAUGAUGCAAAAAAAGAAGAAGAAAGCAAAAAUAUUGAAGAUUUAAAUGAACAUGAUACUAGUGAAUAUAAACCAUUUUCAUUUAUUGAAUCAAAUGUAAACAAUGAAGUAACGUUACCUACUCAUAAUAUUGAAACUAAAGAUAUUCAGUUUGAUUUAGAUAUUGAAACAGAGGAAGGAUCUACAUUAGAUACUAAAUCUAAUUCAAAUAUUGAAGAUACUGUUUCUGUAAAAGAAAUAACAGAUAUCCAAUAUAAUACAGAUAAUGAGGAUGCUUUGCCUAUAAUAGAAGAAACAUCUAAGAAUAUUUUCCAUGAAGUACAAGCUUCAGUUCCAGAUGUUUGUACAGCUGAUAAUAUUGGAUGUCCUUUAACAGACAAUCAGAAUAAUUUUCCACAUCACGAACAACCUUCUCAGGGCAGUGAAAAUGCUCUAAUGAGUGGGAUACAAAUCGAAAGCAAUUAUUGGUUGGCAUUAAUGUAUCUAAGUGUCACUGCCACUGCAACGCUUAUAUUUUCUUUAGGGUACUACUGCAUUGAGAAUAUGAGGAGUGACAGACAACUGAUAGUUAGAAUCAACAAACUUGAAAAAGAUUUACUUAUUUCAGAAGCAGAAUGUACAAUGGUAAACGAAAAUUUAAAAUCAACGAAGGAAAAGUUGAGUCGCAUGGAAGAUGAAUCAUUCGGUUCUGACGAAAUGGUGCUUUCUUUAAGGGCUGAUUUAGAAGCCUCACAGAAUGCAAAAACAGAACUAGAAGAUCAAGUAGCCAUGUUGGAAAAAGACCUAGAAAGUGCUACUGAAGCAGGGUUAGAAUUAGAAAAAAUGUUGCGAGAAGUUCUCUCGGCAAAUAAUGAAGUUAAUCCGUUAGCGCAGUCAGUAGAGGAUCUACAAACUAGGUUGAAUGCUCAACAAGCUGCAAACGAAUCUUUAACGAAUGCUGUGAAUCUUAAAACUCAAGAGAACGAAUCUAUAUCAGCAGAACUUGUAUCUGUUAAGAAGAAAUAUGAAGAGCUUGAGGUUGAACUAGCCAGGCUUACGGAAAAUUUAAAACAAGAAAUAAACAGCAAGAAUAAUAUCGAACAAACUUGGAGUGAUAAGGUGCAACAAUUAGAAAUGGAAAUCAAGGAAAUUUCUACUGAAAAGACAACCUUACAGAAGGAGUUGAAAGCUAAAGAAGUAGAAGCAAACGACCUUGUAGAUGUUAUUAAUCGAUUGAAUUCUAACAACUUGGAUUUGGACAAGUUGUAUGAUGUAUCUCAUAUUAAAGUUGAAGCAACAGCAUUGCUUGAAGAAAGGAAUGAAUUAAAAAUACGAUUGGCUGAAAUUGAAGGAGCUCAUAAUUUAUUAGAAGAACAUGUGAAGUUCGUUAAAGAGGAAGUAGCUACUUUAGGCGAACAAUGCAAAGUAGCGGAAAAAGAAAAGAAAGAUGCAGAAACACGACUUGAGGUGUUGACAAACUUUUUCGAGGAGAAAGAGGCACAUCGCCAAAAGGAAGAAGCUAUUUGGUUACAACAGCAAGGUGAGGUUGUAUCCACUGUAGAACGAAUACAAACGAUGCAAAAUGAAAUACAAAACUAUAAACAACAAAUAGAAGUGUUAAAACGUGAAAUAUUAGACCAAGAAAGAGAAUACAAGAAUCAAAUUUCUGUUCUUGAAACAAAAGCACAUGAGCAAUGGGUCAUAGCUCGUCAAGUUGAACGUCGUUUAGAGGAAUCCAAGGUUGAAGCAGGUCAAUUGCGUAAUCGCCUUACAUUAAUAGAAAAAAAUAUUAACGAUGUAGAUUCCGAAGCGAAAUUACAUCGACUAGAAGCAAACGGCGAGACGACAACGUCGCCUCCAUUAUUCAUAGGAGCAGAAUCAUCCAGUUCCCCUAUAAUGUUUUCUGGUUCUUCGAGUGUUCCACCACCACCACCACCUUCCUAUUUACAUUCAUUGUUUCCUCCGUACUUACCACCUCCGUUACCAAAUACAUCCGGAGUACCACCAUACGAAGUUAGUCAACGACCACCACCACUUGGUGGUCGGUUAUCUUCACCUCCACCUAUGCCUCUGCAUCCACCUGCUCCUAAUAGGUACGACAACGCAGGUUCUCCACCACCAAUGUCUCCACACUUACUUCCACCUUUUAAUCAUAGAUCCCCCCCACCUCCUCCGUUUGCUAGUGACAUUCAUCCACCUCCUCCACCUCCUCCUGGUUCAAUAUUACCACCACCUCUUGGAACGCCGCAUUCGUGGGGGGAAGAAUCACUGCCGCCUCCACGCAGUUCUGGUUUUCAUCCAGCACAACGAGAACGAGUUCGAAAUCACAAAGGACGCAAGCGAUUCUCUAAAGUGAGACAAUUUUGGAGUACUAUGGAGGGAAAUAAUUGCAAAUAAAUGCAGUUCCUUACAUUCUUCGGGAGAAUCACUAGAUAAAUCACAUCAUAACAGCAAAGUUUGAGUCUUUUAUUUUGUUAUAAAAUAUCUUCGUAUACGCGUUAAACUUGUCAUUAUAUUGUGAGACAUUUAAGUAUAAAAAUAUUUCAAUAAACAAAUAACAGUGAUGCAGGAUAUAUUAAUGCUAAUAGAUCAACCAGCAUUUACUACUUUGUGAAAUAGUAAAUCGUGCAUUUUGAUAUGAUAUUUGUCAAAUGUAAUAAACACAUUAGUUUGCUAUGAGAAAUACAUCUAUUAGCCAUCACUG